AUGCUAGAUCAAAACGCUAUAUUAGAGGCUUUCAGCCGCACAAUGGCAGCGGACGCUGUCGUUAUCAAAAACGCAGAACAGGAGUUAUACCACAUGCAGAAAGAACCAGGUUUCACUUCGUUUCUGUUGAAUGCCGCUACAGACACGGCAAUUCCACUAAAUGUGCGCACCUCUUGUGCCAUAUACAUGAAGAACAAGAUCCAGCGAUGCUGGGUGAGCAAAAGGGACGAUGCAAUCGUGCCUCAGGAACAAAGCGCUAUUAGAGAGACAUUGAUCCAAAGCUUGAUUGCAAACGCGGAGAACAUGCAGAUCAAACCCUAUCUGACAGAGUCUGUUCGCGGGAUUCUCGAUAACAACGAUACGUGGGACCUUAGCGGGAUCAUCCAUGAACUGCUGUCGAGCAACAAACCAGAAUAUGUAUAUCCGGGGCUUCUCCUGCUCUUUGAAGUUUGCAUCAAGCAUCGCUGGGACAUGCCUGAGAAUAGACAGUACAUCGAUAGUCUAGUGGAAACAGUUUUUCCCUGCGUCGAGACUAUUGCAGCGCAACUCGUUAACGAAAACGACUAUAGAUCCAACGAGCUUUUGUAUUUGAUUCUUAAAUGUUUCAAGUACUCUUGUCUUAACAACUUCCCGCGUUACUUCAAUAAUGUUGAAAAAUUGCAGUCGUGGAUCCAGCUACAUCUUUUCUUGUGUUCCAAGUCUUUGCCACAGGAGGUAUUGAAUCUCGAGCCAGCCGACAGAUCUCUUGAUAAGAGAGUUAAGUGUAACAAGUGGGCGUUUGGCAAUCUUUCCAGGUUUUUGAUCAAGUACAGCAGAUCGACUAAAAGCAUCACUCAGGAUUAUGUUAACUACGUUUUUGAUCAAGUAGUUCCCUUGAUUCUGAACGAGUACUUCAAAACUAUUGAAUCCUGGGGCUCGGGGUCGCUGUGGCUAAGCGAUGCCUCGCUAUACUACAUGAUUGAAUUUUUAGAGAAGUGUAUGACAACUGACUCCCUUUGGUCACUAAUCCAACCGAACUUGGAAUCAAUCAUCACAUAUGUGGUUUUCCCAUGUCUGUCAGCCAGCGAGGAAAGUGUUAGCCUUUUUGAAGACGAUCCAGAAGAAUACACAAGACGUUAUUUUGAUGUUAAUAAAGAAGGAACAACCGCGGACGUGGCUUCUACAGACUUUAUAUUCGUGGUAGGUCACAGACGGUUUGAGGAAGUAAGCAAGAUUCUUCCUCUCAUUAACAAAGUGUUUAAUGAUUUUGCCUCCAGAGGCGACCUAGCCAGUGCCUACCAAGAAGAAGGGGCAUUAAGACUUCUAAGCUCGUUGUGCAGUUUCUUGGCCGAGAAAGAUUCCCCAGUUAAAAAUGAGCUGGAAAUCAUUUUUGAACAUUUUGUCACGCCCUUAUUAAAGCAAAGCAAGUACCCCUUCCUGAUAGCAAGAGCUUUGGAAACGAUUUCAAUCCAUCAGCAGGCAUUCUCGAACAUGAGCGUGCUGUCUCAGAUAUAUGAGGCAGUUUACAUGAAUUUUCUAAACUCCGAACAUCUCCCUAUACAAGUUGAGGCUGCAGAUGCGCUUAAGACUUUGAUUGUUUCUAAUCCCGCUAUUCAUCCUCACAUUUCUGCGCAAGUACCAGGUAUCAUGGAAAAGCUUUUGAAAUUGUCUAAAGAAUUUGAAAUUGACAUUUUGUCAGAGGUCAUGGAAUCUUUUGUUGAGAGGUUCGCCGAUGAACUGACUCCUUUUGCUCAAGAUCUUGCUGCCAACUUGGCUGAGCAAUUUGUCGUUCUAGGACAGUCAAUUGUGGAAAGUUCCAGUGGCAACUAUUCCACCGCAGACCAAGACCAGGAAAUUCAAGCAAGUGCAUUGCUACAAACCAUGACUACCAUGGUGAUGUCCAUGAACAAAGUUUCGCUAAUUGACAAAUUCAUGCCAGUGGUCAAAUUUAUCAUAGUGAACGCUCAAAUAACGUUUCUGAGUGAAGCUGUCGAUUUGAUGGACUCGCUUGCGUUAUCCUCCAAGGCAAUGUAUGAUAAAUUCACCCCAGAAAUUUGGGAAAUGCUUCACGAUGUACUCGAUUCCUGCCAAACUUAUGCUCUGGAGUACUUUGAAAGUUUCCAGGUUUUCUUUGAGACAAUAGUAACGUAUGGUUUCCCAGCUGAUCAGACGUUUGCUCCGCCAUUUCUUGAGGUUCUUUCCCAUGCCAUGGAGAGUGGUGUUGAUUUCGAUGUUGAGAGCGCAUUAGACAUUUUGCUGUUUUACGUGUUGUCAAUGAAAGAGAAUCCUUUAUUUGAAAAAGUUUUGAAACUCGCAGGUGAUGAUGACGCAGACUUGGACGUGGAUGAAUCUUCAUACGUGAAGAUUUUCUUGGCGGGUCUCUUCACUAGGCCUGUAGAGACUUUACAAAUCUGCGAACAGAAAGGAGCGACCCUGGAAAUGCUACGCAAAUGGUUCUCGUGCAAAUUCAGUAGUGUCCUCACCAUCAAGCUUCAGUUGGUAGCAAUCAUUUCACUGCUAGGGCUACCGGAAUUGCCAAGCUGCAUCAACGGGUUCGUACCACAGCUAUCAGACAAAUUAAUAACAUUGACAGCUUCACUGCCGGAGGCCAUAAGGAAAAGAGAUGCCUUGUCCAGAGGUGAACUUGGCGAAAGCGCGUACCAUGACGAUGGAACCGAAUUUUUCGACGAAGUGGAAGACGACUUCAAAGAGUCUUGUUUAGAUGAGGUCAACUGCUUUCAACAGGUGCAUGCGCUUUUCGCUCAACUGCAGAGCACAAAUCCAGGACUGUACCAACAGAUUAUGGGAUCUCUAUCGGAGGACAAAGUGGACACUUUGCAAACGAUAUUGGAAUUUGUAGGACAGAAUUGA